AGUUCCCCGGGAUAAAUCAUCGUGCUUUUUUCUUUUUCUUUUUUUUUUGUUCCAUUUCUCGUGGCUAUAAAUACGAAAUUUGAAAAAGGAGUUGAGGAGGGAAGGAGAGAACUCGCACUGUCAGAUAAACGCUAGGCUAGAAGACGAUGAUGAUGAAGAGGCAAGCCGGAGUCGGACGGUAUAGAGGAGAAUCAACUGCGUCACUUUCUAAUUCUUCGAUCGCCAUCUCCAAUUCAGGUAGCAGUGGAGUUUGUAUGAUGAGCACUGCAUGGCGAGAUGAACAACAGCCAUCCUUCAUCAACUUCAUCUCAUGUUUCCUCAGUGCAAAUUCUUUCCGUCUGAACAUUGUGCCAAUUGCUCCAGAUUUCAUUUUCAACUGUGGAGGUUUGUCCAUAGCUUUCAUUUUUGUGACUAACUGGGAUUCUAACUUAACUGCAUCGGUGUUUACAAGAGUUCAGAAAUUGAAAGAACAGUUUGCUCACUUGUAUGUGGUUGUCAAUCUACCAACAGAGGAGCAGAAUGAUUCUUUUGUUCGCUCUUAUUUCAAAUCCGAUAUGGAGUUUGGCAGGCCAACAUUUAUGCCAGUACUGGACAUAGAGAUGGGAUUUGAGAAGAUUUUGAAGAUUGCACUUGCUCGCGGGAUUGCUAAGCGACAAGAUGCUAUAUCAAAACUAAAAGCAGAUCGAGAAAGAUCAGUGCAAACAAUGGAUGCGUAUCUCAGAGUGGUCACCUCCAUUCCAGGCAUUGAUAGUCAUGAUGCAAAUGCGCUAAAUCAAGCUGUUGGUUCAAUUGAAGCAAUUGCAAAAGCAUCAAAGGAGUACAUUUUGGAAUAUACUGAUCUUUCUGCGGAGAAAGCUGAGACGAUUACAAGGUUUUUCAGAGAUCAAAGCUAUUAUCUUGGUCCCAAAAUCAGUUAGAUUCAUCUUAGAAGUUCAACUUUACUUUGGAUAUCCCUUGAGGCAAAUUUGUCGUGUCAGAGAUUAGUUUAAGUUCUACUCGUAUAUAAGUAUGCUUAAAAAAGAACUAUAGCACAGCGACUGUCCUGAAAAAGGGUUUUAUUCUCUGUUCAAUUCACGGUCAUCAUGCCUGGUGUUAUCUGAUGUUUGCUGUAUAAAUACAAGUCGUUGCAUUUGUUGCUUUAAAUUUGCAUGUAAAAAACGUUGGAAUGGGGGCUUUGGUUGGCU